AUGGAGAUAAACAAACCAUUUCUUGUAGUUUUGAUCAUACAAUCCAUUUACGCUGGCUAUUUCUUGCUCUCAAAGGUAGCAUUUGAUGUUGGCAUGAAUGCUUAUGUUUUUGUCUUCUACAGACAAGCUGCUGCAACUGUUUUCUUAGCCCCGACUGCCAUGUUUUUCCAACGGAAAACUGCUCCACCAUUGUCAUUCACCAUUUUCAUCAAGAUUUUCCUGCUCUCUCUUUGUGGGAUAACUAUGAGCUUGGAUAUUUUUGGUGUUGCUUUGACAUAUACAACGGCAUCUUUGGCUGCUGCGACAUCCAACACACUUCCAGUUAUUACUUUCUUUCUCGCAGUUUUAUUCAGGAUGGAAAGGGUGAAGCUGAGGACAAGCCCAGGAAUUAUGAAAGUUUCAGGGGUAACACUGUGUUUGGCAGGAGCAGCAACCAUUGCCCUGUAUAGGGGACCUUUCUUGAAACUUCUAUUACACAAUCACCUAAUAAAGAGCCAUUACCAACAACUUCAAGGCCAUGUAAUUCCUUCCGGCCAAACAUGGAUUAAAGGUGUCUCACUCAUGCUGCUUUCCAACUUAACUUGGGCCUUGUGGCUCGUAUUACAGGGCGGAGUUCUCAAAAGUUAUCCUUCGAAGUUCCUCUUAACAACCCUACAGUGCUUUUUGAGCACCAUUCAGGCAUUCUUUGUUGCUGUUGCUUUUGUAAGAGAUCCCAAUGAAUGGAAACUUGGAUGGGAUGUAAAACUCAUAUCGAUAGCUUACUGUGGAAUAGUGGUGACUGGUUUUACAUUUUAUUUGCAAACAUGGGUCAUUGAAAAGAAGGGUCCUGUCUACCUCGCCAUGACAACUCCAUUGAUUCUCAUAUUAACAACCAUUGCAUCCACUUUCCUCUUUGGGGAGAUAAUUACUCUUGGAAGUGUAUUGGGAGCAUUUUUGCUAGUUGGAGGACUUUAUUGUGUGCUAUGGGGAAAGACUAAAGAGGAAGAAAGGGAGAAAGGGAUAUGUCCAGCAAUAAUUGAUGCUGAGAAAGCCAUUAAUGGAGGAUCAAAAGAAGAGACCACCACAUAG